AUGGGAGUCGAAUGCGCAUCGCGCCAGGAGUUCAGCACACCCGUGGACGAGCCUGAAGGACGCAUGGAGGACCCCGCCACACCCGACGCCUUCCGAAUGCGAUUCGCAUCUUCGCAUGCGCAGACACAGACACAGCCCGCCAGCUCCUCGUCCCGACGCAAAUCCUCUUCCCCCCCAAGCUUGAUGACAUCCGUUCCCGCGGGUGACCUCUCGCGCGCGGGCCUGCUUGCACGCGUGACGCCUCCUUUGGGGCCGCGGGUCCCCCUGACCCUGCGAGCCGUGCCCUCAGACUCGAGCGCGCGCCGAACAGGAACCUUGCGUCCCGAACUAGGACGUGCUGACGUGUGUCGGUGGGCUUCGUAUGGGUAUCUUGGUCCUCAUACGGCCGAAGACGGCUUUGACUGGGGAAACCCCAACCGGGGUCGUUGCAAGUUCGGAGCGCUCGGACAUGCGCCGGACAGCGAGGAUCUGUGCCGCGCCGGUGGAUGGGCCUUCGAUCUGCACGUGUCUGCGAGGCGCGCGCGAUUAGAGCUUGUUGUUUCGACGUGGUCGGUCUAUGUGCUACCUGUCCUGCGGGAGCCCUCCGAGUUACUGUGCAUGCGAGGCCUCGAGGCCACUCGCGAGGGGAGAAGCCGACUGUACUCGCGUGGCACCUCCGCAUGCUGGAGCAGCCGCGAUCUCGAAGAACUUCGCACCCGCAUGGUGCGCCGACACUUCUGGGUUCCAGACCACCGCCUCAUGCCGACAAAUCAUCGAUACCGUGUUCCAAGUCUCCUUCGUCAGACGAACGUCAAUGUAGCCUCCCAUGUUCUCCCGCUGGAAGUCCGUGCGCUAUUCUCGGAGGAUCUAGAUGCGGUCAGCCCUACCGCUGCCGGUGAGGGCGUGAUUGUCGAUACGUGAUUGUUGCCUCGAGAUUGAGUGGGAAGAUCUGGGCCGAACGCGGUGGGUCCCUCAGGCGCUGGACUCCAUCAGGGGCUCGCGCGACCGCACACGACGUGGGUUGAUCACCAUCGAGGCGACAAGACGGCCAUUCGACACGACGAAGGCUAUCGAAAGACGACGAAGGCUGUCGAAGGGCGACGAAGGGUGACAAAGAGGGGAUUUUGCCGUGGCAUGUGUGGGCGACGCGCGUUCAGAUGACUCGAGGGGAGUUCCGAGGACGAGUGGGCGGGACGGCGUGCCUACGUCGAGUCGCUUCGCGGGACCUCGUGACGCGGAUGCGGUGACUCGUUGCGGUAAUGGACCCUGAAGCUAGAAAGGCAUCGAAGGGAUAGCAGUGAUGAUCGGUGCAGACAUGAACUUUGAAGAGAGGCGCACACCGGGAGGUCGCGAGGCGCAUCUCCCUUUGGAGGGGAAGACUGGUGGGCCCUGCAUGAACAUGAGCCGGGCUUGCUAGUGCUCCAAGGAUGUCGUGAGAAAAGCGAAGUGAUGCACCGCUGUGCGCCGCGCUUUCGCAUUUGUUACUUUAGCGACGUGAGGAAGGGCGACGAUGGCGAGACCGUGAGGAACCUGGGAACGGAGAAGAUAGAUGCUUACGGGGGACGCGACGGGCGAGAGCAAGCGAGAGGAGGCUGGAGGGGACGGGCCAAGGGAUGGUCGACCGUGGGCUGGAAGUGGCAAGGUGAUUGCGCCAUGCUGUGGAAGGAAGGUAACUUAGAAGUUCGGGAAUGCCCGAUCAGGAUGCUCGCUGAUGCUCGUGUUGGCACCACGAACGAGGUUUAGGCGGGCAUGCAGGAUGCCGGCAGACGCGGACGUGCAUUGCUGCACGCGGCGGUCCAUGGACGGCGUUGUUGUUGAAGGGCGCGGUGGAGGAGUGGUGGACAUGGUGGUGGAGGGGAUUGCCCAGAAGAGACGGGAAGGGGCUUCGAAUGCGGGCAUAUGUGCCGCGCAGGGACCAAGACAAGAACAGCCCGUCUUUUCACCCUCGGAGAGUUGGCGAGCACCACAGCGUGGAGUUGUGCGAUGACUCUGAUGGCAUCUGGUCGACAUGGUGCAAGCCUGAAGAGAAGAAGACGGGAGAUAAACAGACAGGCGGUUUCCAUUGCAGCGCCAAGAAUAGAGUGCGAUCUCCAAUUUAAAAGCUUACUGGGGACGCGUACGUAAUGGCGUGCUCCGAAAGGGCACACGUGAGCAAGCAGUAUAUAGACCCCACCCUCUCAUCUCUUCCGCCUACUUUCUCCCACCACAUCCCUCCCCGUGCCUACAUCAGAAUAAACACUAUCGCAACAAUGCCUACCGAAUCCAUUAGUAACAGUCGCACAGAUGUCAAGCACUCCAGCCCCAUCCCCAUCGGCGGUAACGCCCCCAACCGCCGCCGAGCCCCCUCCUUUUCGUCUUCAGAGGGCUCCCCAACCUCUCCCCAGAGCCUCCAAACACCUCUCUCACCAUCGCCCCCACGGGUUGCUACCUCUCCAUCGGCCUCUCCCAUCUUGUCCUACUUCAUGAGCGCAUCUCCUACCAAGCUGAACCCCACUUUCCCCUUCCGCCGCCCCUUUGGCGCCCCGCCUGUUCUUGAGGAUGACGAAAGCCUCGACGCAGACACACUCCCCACAUUCCAUGGGCGCAGCGCGUCUGCAACCUGGACUACCGUCCCCCCUCGCUUCCCCCAGCCCUCUUCGCCGCCCAUCAUCCCUAUCCCUGAGGCUCAACAGUCCCAGCAACAGCGUGGCACGGGCGUCCUGCGUCGUCUUUCUCUAAGCAGCGGUUUCGGCAGACCGAACCUUAUGUCGCUCAACCGCCCUCAGUCGCCCCCACGUCCGGGCACACCACCCCCGAGCGCGGUGAACAUGGCCCCUCAGAACGGUGGGCUGUCCGCAGCGUCUCCCGGGCGCAAGCCUCGUCGCGCUACGACACUUGGCGUGCGCCCAGCCGACUCAAAGACCCGACGUGCGCCGUCACCAAUGGGCGAGCGCAUCUUGAAGGGCCACUUUGAUGGCUUCAAUUGAAGCCCUGUCUCCAUCAACGCCCUUUGCAUCUCAUUCUCUAGCUCUGGGUCUCCAUCCUCGUUUCCA